AUGUUCAAGCUGAAGCUGCUGAACGACGCCGAGCGCUGGAAGGCCGACCAGAAGCAGCUUGCCGAGCUGCUGGGCCAGGAGGCGUGGCCCUGCACGGAGCUGGCGAGGGCCGCGAAGGAGGAGGAGACGGCUCGGAGGCGACAGGUGCAGGAGGCCCUUGCUCACCAGCGGGUUUUAAUCCUUCACGCUCUGGCCGCCGGCGAUGCCGCCUCCACCGUGCUUGCCCGGCUGCGCCCGCGGACUUUCGUGUUCGACUUCCAGGUCUCGCCGCCCGGGCAGGAUGGCGGUCUCCAGGGCGGCAUGAAGCAGAAGCUGGUCGCGCUGCGAGACACUGUCACCUUUAUCCUGGCGUGUGCGUCGCCUCAGGACUCCGUGGUUCUGCGCCUCAGGUCGCCAGGAGGGGGGGUCACCGACUAUGGGCUUGCGGCAUCUCAGCUGCUGCGGUUUCGGAAGGCCGAGAUUCCGUUGACGGUGUGCAUCGACAACGUGGCCGCGUCUGGUGGGUACAUGAUGGCGUCCACGGCUAAUGCCAUCGUGGCUGCUCCUUUUGCAUUCGUGGGCUCGAUUGGCGUGAUAGCCACGGUGCCGAACUUUAGCAAGCUGCUGAAGCGAGCGGACGUCGACUACCUCCAGUUCACCGCCGGAAGGUGGAAGCGCACGGUGGACCCGUUUACGCCGCCAACAGAGGAGGGCAUCGAGAAAAUGAGGGAGGACGUAGACAAGAUCCACCAGGCGUUCAAGGGGCACGUGGCAGAGAGCCGGGACGUGGACAUCGAGGGGGUUGCCACCGGCGAGGUGUUCAUGGGCGUGGAGGCCGUGGGCCGUGGGCUGGUGGACCGGCUGGCGACGAGCGACGAGGUGCUGGCGGCACAGAUGCAGCACACGGACGUGGUGGAGGUCUCUCUGGCGCCCGCGAAGAAGAAGGGGCUGCUGCAGCUGCUGGAGGGGCGCCUCGCGGCCGCCGAGGCCACGGCGCGACGGCUGCUGGGGCCCUUCAUGCACCGCGGCGGCGAGGGGUGCGUUUCGCUUGAGUGCGCAGACCCGAGGGUGCGUGGUGGCUGA